UAUGGAGUCGUGUGUCAUCAAUAUCCCCUUUCUCCUACUUGUGAUGGCGACAAUACAUGCCCACGCAACAGAAAACUUCUGUGCUCACAGUGCAUGUUUUUGUUCGGACAAUUCUACGGCAGAUUGUUCGAAUAGAAAUCUUAAGACUAUCCCUGCCGGAUUGCCACUGAGUGUCAAAACUUUAGUUCUGUCAGGAAAUAAAUUCCCGAUUCUUUCGAAUGACUUAUUCAACCCUAUCCUUACCGAUAAUAUUACAAAUUUGUUGAUAGAUAAUUGUCAGAUACAAAGUAUUUCAGAAGACUCUUUUGAAGGUUUACAAACCCUGGUUCAUAUUGACUUGGCUUAUAAUGAAUUACCCAUAGAAAGUCUCUAUCUUGCCAUCCAACAUCUGGGAAAUUCAAGCGUUAAGGUGUUAAAUGUUUCUGGCCUAAUUCUCAAAACUCGAUUGUUUCCUGUUACGUUAAAAAACAUAUUCCUUACGUCUUGGUUAAGGGGGUUGGAGGAGGUUGUUAUUCGAUCUUGUGGCUUACGAUUCUUUACUUUUGAUUCGUUUAAAGAAUUGUCAAGUAUAAGAAAAAUUGAUUUUGGUGGCAACUUGAUAUCAAAUUUUGUAGUUCCGAAACUUCAAAUUUAUACUUUAGAAGAGUUGAAUUUUACAGAUAAUAUUUUCCAGAAACUUCCCAAGUUCUGCUUGAAUAACACGUUGAAUAAAAUACCAGCGUUUCCAAGGCUGCAAACAUUACAUAUGGCCGUGAAUAAUUUGAUGGAUACUGCCAACUUUAUAGAACAAGGCUUCUGUCUCCAACACGUUAGAUUUCUGAACAUUUCAGGCAAUUUAUUCCAAACAAUCACUUUCUUCUCGUUUGUUAGAAUGAAUAAUUUACAAACCUUAAUCAUAGAUAAUUUAAACGGAGUUGUUAUGGACAAUAGAUCGUUAUCAUCAACAUCUCUCCAAACACUCUCUAUAGGACGUAUCGUGGAGAGAAAGGACAAGGAAUUCAAAAAUAUUUUCCUCGAUUGCCCAAACAUACGGGUUCUACGAAUAAUGAAUACCGAUUUUUCAAAAACUGACGUCAGAAAAAUGCUGGAACCUCUGAAAAAAUUGUCAUCCUUGACAAUUAUAUAUGGUUUGAUUCAUCAAAUGACUUUUUUAAAUGAUUUUACAAAAUUAACAAAAAUAGACUACAGUUUUAAUAAAAUUAAAGAAAUUUCUGGAAACUUUGUUCAAAAUUUAACAGCAUUAAAUCAAUUAACUCUACAGAACAAUAGUUUAAAUAACAUCAAUCAAACAUCUUUGCCCGAUUUUCUUUGGAAAAAUGAAAGCUUUCUUCUUGAUGUAUCGUCCAAUCCCUUUGACUGUGGAUGUCAGCUUGAAUGGUUCAGAGUAUGGAUAGAAAACAACAAAGACCGAGUGAUCGGAUAUCCAAAGAAAUAUAUUUGCGAAUCUCCACUGGAAUUAAAAGGAAGAAGCUUAUCCGAAUUCGAUCCUGCUUCGGAAUGUCACAAAUUAAACCCGUAUAUCUUACUAGCAUCCAUUUCCUGCGGACUUCUCUCAAUUCUUAUUUUCACUACAUUUCUCUUAAGAAAAUUUCGCUGGGAUAUUAAAUAUUACAUAUACAUUUGCAGAAAUAGAAAACCUACGGGUUAUAAAAGAUUUACCGACGACGAAGAAUUUUUAUAUGAUGCUUUCAUUGCGUAUAACACAAACGACAGAAAAUGGAUAAUGUCUGAACUUGUUCAAAUGCUAGAAAGAAAUCACAAAUAUAAGCUGUGUUUGCACGAGCGAGACAUCAUUCCAGGUGGGGUGUAUGUGGAGGAUAUUACCGAGAGCAUUGACAUGAGCAGGAAAUUAAUCCUAGUUCUCUCAAAUAACUUUAUGGACGAUCAAUGGUGUAAAUAUGAAACGGCUCUCGCAAGUCACACUCUGGCAGACGGUGACAGUCACAAGCUUUUCCUUAUUCUAUUGCAGGAUAUUCGUUCUGAACACGUCAACGGCUCCUUGAAAGUGCUUCUUAACUCAACCUCAAAUGCGAGGUGGACGGAAGAGAAAACUGAACAGAGAAAAUUCUGGCAAACUGUCAAGCAAUUCAUGAACUGAAAUUCUAAAUGAUUAUACAAACUUUUGAAUCUUCUCUUU